AUGUACACCCAAGACUACAUCCAGAGGCACUUCGUCGCGGCGUGGGUGUGCCUCCAAGAUGGUAGAACUUGUGGCAAACAUUUCGUGCACAUGUUCGGCUUGGAGACAAGUACCGUUUACAAGGCACGAUGUACUCGGGAGAUUCAGACGUUGAUUGCCAUGUCGACGGGUUAUGGUCAACCACCGGAGAAAGGGCUUCAGUGCAGUCAAACCGGCCAACGAAAAGACUUGAAACUCGUCGACAAUGCUAUCGGAUUGGUGGCUGGCUGGCUGACCUUGAUAUGUGCCAUGCACGCCAUCGAUGUCGCAGGUGGGGAGCUGGAAGAUACUAAGCGCCUACCAUUGAUGCCUAAGCCAAGUGAAGUUAAUUUUAUCUAUGGCAAAGUGAUGUUUAUCGUGUUUUCCGCCAUGCCAGUACUUCUCAAAGAAGACUCACGCAAAGUGUCGGGCAAAGGCCGACGCCAACUUCGUACAAGGGGAAUGGCUGUGGUGGGAGUAGUCGUAGACUUGAGUAUCAAUGCUGGCCUCGACCUCGAGAUGCCAGGCACCAACAAGUGGCGCACGCUUGAUCUCAUGAACAGGUCCAUUGGCUCGAGGAAAUUGACAGUGAGGACCGUGAAGGAGCGCGCACGCAAAGUUGUCGAGCUUGCCAAGCGCGUCGCUCAGGAAGCACCAGAGAUCAUUGAUGGAGAUGGUGUCGAACGCACCGUCAACAGCCCUGAAGACACAGCUCUCAUGCGCAAAGUCGCAGGCGAAUCCAUCGUGUUGCUAAAAAAUACCAACGCCAUCCUCCCUCUGAACCCCUGCAUGAUCAAAACGAUUGCUAUUGUCGGGGGGAAUGCGAAAGCCAUCGUGCUUUCUGGAGGAGGGUCGGCUGCACUCAAGCCAUCAUACUUUGUGACCCCGUAUGAUGGCAUUACCGCUGCGCUUCCCGAGGACGUGGAGGUGCUCUAUAGCGAGGGCACUAGUACCUACAUGGAGAUGCCCGUUCCCGCCUUCUAUUUCGACCCACUCAUCAACCAGAAACGCAAAGGAGGAUACGUUGAUAUGGGAAAACAGUUUCGCAAUGACAAGCGCGUCCACCUUGGCGCUUUGAAAUACGUCCCUCACGCUGUAAUGAAGCUGCUCGAAAACAUUCCAUACCCUUGGGAGCAGCAUGCGCAAUGGAGUUCCAUGUGGCUAGCCAUGCGUCGAGAGAAGCGUGAUCGCAGACAUUUCAAGCGUAUGCGCUUCCCACCUUUUGAUGACGAAGAGCCGCCGUUGGAUUAUGGUGAUAACGUGCUGGAUGUUGAGCCUCUUGAAGCCAUUCAGCUGGAGCUCGAUACAGAAGAAGAUUCUGCCAUCAUCGACUGGUUUUACGACCUGAAGCCGUUGGUGGACACACCUGCGGUCAACGGUCCUUCAUAUCGCUAUUGGCAGCUCUCACUACCUGUCAUGGCGAUUUUGUAUCGUCUUGGCAGAACCUUGCUAUCAGACCAGCCUGAUAGCAACGCAAGCUAUCUCUUCGAUAAGAAAUCUUUCUUUACCGCAAAAGCUCUCAACUUGGCAAUUCCUGGGGGGCCAAAGUUUGAGCCCUUGUACCGUGACAUGGAUGCUUUCGAUGAAGACUGGAACGAGUUUAAUGAUGUCAACAAAGUCAUCAUUCGUCAACAAAUUCGUACCGAGUACAAGGUCGCCUUCCCGCAUCUCUAUAACUCCCUCCCGCGUUCUGUUCACCUCUCGCCGUAUCAUUCGCCCAAGAAUAUUCUAUUUGGUCCGAACGGCGCCGAAGACGAUGACUUUGAGUUGCCCGAUGUAGUACAGCCAUUCCUUGAGGACAAGCCUCUCGAGAACGACCUUACUGCUGAUGGUAUUGCUCUAUGGUGGGCACCUGAACCUUAUAAUCGGCGCUCUGGUCGCAUGCGUCGUGCGCAGGAUAUACCUCUUGUGAAGAACUGGUACUUGGAGCACUGUCCUCCCAACCAGCCAGUCAAGGUUCGCGUAUCGCACCAGAAGUUGCUCAAGUGCUUCGUCCUCAACGAGCUCAAGAGUCGGCCUGAGAAGGCGAUGACUAAGAAGAAUCUCUUCCGGCAAUUGAAGGCGACGAAGUUCUUCCAGACGACAAAGCUUGACUGGGUGGAAGCCGGUUUGCAGGUGUGCAGACAAGGGUGCAACAUGCUUAACCUCCUCAUCCACAGAAAGGUAGGCUUUCGUAGAGAUCGCUGGGCCAGUGAAGACGCUCACUACAAAGGAGCGAAAAAGUCUCGCUUCGGAAACGCCUUCCACUUGUGUCGCGAGAUUCUACGUCUUACGAAGCUCGUUGUUGACACCCAUGUUCAGUUCCGCCUUGGUAACGUUGAUGCUUUCCAGCUCGCAGACGCACUGCAGUACAUCUUUGCGCACAUCGGCGCCUUGACUGGUAUGUACCGGUACAAGUACGAGCUCAUGAGACCAGUUCGCAUGACAAAAGAUCUCAAGCACUUGAUCUACUACCGCUUUAGCACUGGCCCUGUCGGCAAAGUUCGAGGAACGCAACAGCAAGGGCAUUGUGAAGACUGGGACAAAGUUGUCGAGUUUCACUACGACCUUGAAUUGCGUGCUACUGCCAUGCACGUCAUUCUCGACAUGAUGCCCGAGUUCAUCAAGCAGAACAAGUCGACGACAACUCUGCAGCAUCUCUCGGAGGCGUGGCGUUGCUGGAAGGCGAACAUCCCGUGGAAAGUCCCUGGAAUACCCACUGCCACUGAAAACAUUAUCCUACGGUACAUCAAGAGUAAGGCUGAUUGGUGGUGCUCGGUUGAUAAGGCAGUAGUGAAGAAAAAUCUGGGUCGGCUGACUCGUCAGUACUUGAAGGAUGGACUAUACAUCAGUGCGGAGGAGCCUGUUGCAAUUUACACAGCGACCGUUCACUUGCUAGAGAGCCGCAAAUUUGCUCCUAUCCCAUUCCCGUAA